AUGAACACAAACAAAGCACCGGGGAACGAUCUCAUGCGCAUGUCUGAUCUUAAGUUUGCUGUCGACAAGCCCCUGUGGAAGCACGGCGCGCUGCCGACGGCGCCCACGCCGCUGACGCGCCCGCCGCCCGUCAUCAGUGCGGACCCCUCGAUGCUCGUGUUCUCCACGCACGCAGAAACUCCAAAAACAAUCAUUAUACCGGAGCCUCCAGCGCCACAGCCGACGGGAAAAUCAAAAAAAUCCAAGAAGAAAGCUAAAAAAGCGGCUGAAGCGACCGAGCAGAAACAGGAGGGGUCCAAGAUGGUCACUUUACGCAAUCCUAUGUUCCAUCCAAACCUACCACCUGUUCAAAUAACAAGUGCACCACCACAGAAAAAGUCCGAGAUUCGAAUCCCGGAUCCCAUCCCAAUGCCGCCGACCCCCUGUCAAGCCACAAUAACCCCCACUUCAAAUGGAAUGUACACCAUAAGAAAUCCUCUAAUGUCGAUGAUGCAUCAGCAAAACCUAAUGGGUAUCAGACAGCAAAACCCCCAAAUGAACCCUUACCAACCCCAAUACAAUUAUGUGAACCCUAACGUCUACACACAAUCAUACAUAGAACCCCCGAACCCUUCCCCAAAGAACCCAGAAAACGAUUUUCAAAAUCGUAUAAUGAAUCUAGCAUCGUUCACUCAAAAAAAUGACGAAGGUUACUCCCUAUUUAAAACACCAGAAGACAACCCCCAAAAGAGCUUUCUGACCCCCGAAUAUUUUGAGGAGAAGAACCCCAAAGUGGUAUCCCCAAACCCAAUAGGCACUCGUCCGGACCAAAAUAGAAAUUUCGAGAAUGAAUCUCUAUUUACAAAUCCCAUAAGACCAGAACCCAUCGGUACGCCGUUGAAGAAGGAUGAAAACCAAUACUGUCUAUACACCCCGUUUGGCAAAGAAGAUAGAAAUGUGUUUAGAAACGCCCUUUUUAACGAAAAAGCGGAAAAUAAAAGUGAUAAUUUCGUCAACGGCGACCAAUUGCCAUAUUUUCAAAGAUUAAGAGCUGGUUCGAAGCUGAACAAUGAAGUUACAAUACAUUACGUGACGGAUUCAAAGUUUUAUAAAGGGCAGGAGCCAUGCGAAGUGCGAGGAGACGAGUCCCUGUUCUGCCGACCACCGUGCUGGCCCGACGCGUCCCACGCCCACGCCCACAGCAUGCCUCCCUCCUCACUGUCCUCCAUGACGUGCGAGAGCGCCGGCGAUAGCGGUGGGGCUUCGCCCCCACAACAUAGACCUGAAUCCAGCGUAUUUCUACCGGACAGAACAAUAACGAACCUGUCAACACUCGAAGUGUCCGAACGAGAGAUUGAAUCUUUUAAACGAUUCGACUUUUAUUUCGAGCCGCCACAACAUAAACCUAAAGUGCAACUGGACGUCAGAGAUAUUGCCAACGCGCUGAGGCAGAAUCAGAAA